AUGAUCGUUGUGUUUCUGAGUGGUGCUGUUGGCUAUGCAACCUAUACCGACUGGCACUAUAGAACGACGGCUUCCCUCAAUAAUAAUGAAACUGACCCGGCAACAACCCAAGGACAUACUGACCGUGGUGGCCUUUGGAUGGAGUUUUCCCUACGAAGAACCUGGGCACAGCUGAUGACCGCACCAAAGUCCAACCUUCAGCGAGAUUUUGCCUUCGUUGAAAUCUUUCGCAUGCUGUCGGUGUUGAUCAUUCUUGCCAUUCACGUGUCCAUGUGCUUUACGGCGGGACCGACGGCAAACAUGCGUCCCUUGGAGGAAUUUUACGGAUUAAAGCUCUCACUGAUCGCCGUUAGUGUGUUUCCCUUUCAGGUGCAUACAUUUUUCACGAUCAGUGGUGUCAUGUUGGCCGUACAUUUUCUCGAAUAUGCCUCUUCCAAGGCGAACCGCAUCGGUUGGUCAUUCUUGUGGAAGGGUAUUGUAAUGCGUUAUAUUCGGAUCUUUCCCGUCCUGUUCGUGGUGUGGUUGUAUCAGGUGUCCUGGUUUGAUUGGUUUGCACGCGGACCGGGUGACUAUAGGUACUUUGGCCUCGAGAAGGACAACUGCCGAACGAAUGGAUGGCUUAACUUUUUGUUCCUCAACAACUACUUUAAGUAUAGCAACAUGUGUAUGCAACAAACCUGGCACCUGGCAGCCGAUUUUCAGUUCUUUCUUGCCGGACUUCCCUUGCUGAUGCUGAUCAACCGUCAUCCUCGAUUGCUUUGGCCGCUAUUAACUAUCACAACAAUCUUUUCGUUUGGAGCUCCGAUCGUCAAUCUUUACCGCCAUAAACUGCCUGGAGUCAUCCUAACUAACUUCAAGCAACUUCGUUUCGUGUUCUACGCUCAUCCUGCUCUCAAGAACGACUACAUGCUAUCACACCCGCACACCUGCAGUUACUUCAGUGGGCUGUUUGCUGGUUUAGCGUACCAUCGCUAUCGUACGGCUGUGGUUCCUGUUCUGGCUAGUGGAAACAUUGCAUGGCUAUUCAAAUGGGUGCCACCGACGAUGGUCGUACUGCAAGCCAUAUUUUCACCAUUGUUCUAUGGCUUAGACUACAGUGAACCGAUGCUUUGGAAUGCCGUCUACGGUGCGAUCCAUCGCUGUUGUUGGGGUGCCAUGUGUGCGACGGGCAUUCUGUACGGUGCAACGGCGUAA